CUUUCCUGAUAUUUGGUUUCCUUACCUUAGUAUAGAUUUGGUGUGUCUUAUGUGGUCAUGUCUGUCCUCUACCCAUCGAUGGAUUUUAAUCAAAAUAUCCUAAUUCUUUAAAUGUGUCUUCCAGAAUCUUGUAUGUAUAUAUAGACUUUAUCAGGAAAAGUAACUUCAAUCCAUCAAACCGAUUUAUCGGACACUGAUCAUAACUACACACUAUUUCCUUGUCCACUAGAGUGAAUUUCUCUUUGUAUCCAUAUACCAUAUUAAUAUCACACAAUUCUGGAAACACUACCUAAUCAAAGUUGGUUACGCAAUAUAACCAUCUUUGAGAGUGAAUUGAAAUCUUUGAAUUAUGUGGAUUAAACCACACAAUCGAAAUUUCCUAACAUUUCACAACCUACUAUCUUAUUUCAUAUUAUUUGUUGGUAUAUUAUGCUGUACAAUUAAUUUAAUCACAAGUGAGCGUGUUGUUCGUGUUCGACGAGAGGAUGCACUAAACGAAGACAUUUCAGCAAGUGGUGGGGACGAUGAUAUCCCAGCGGAAACGACUCCAGUACCUUCGAGUGUAAAAGGUCCUGGACCAUUCUUACAAGCAAAUAUUGUGACAGGUCCUCGUGGUGCACCAGGUGAACCGGGUCUACCUGGACCAAUGGGGCCUGUUGGGCCGCCGGGAAAAAUUGGCGAGCCAGGUCCUCCAGGACCCUCUGGCGAAGAUGGUGGCCGUGGACCUCCUGGUCCAUCUGGUGAUCCAGGGGUUGAUGGGAAGCCAGGCUUAGAUGGUGAACCGGGUAUGCGUGGAACUUCAGGGCCUCCCGGACCAGUAGGUCCAAUGGGUUUAAUUGGACCUACAGGUCCUCCAGGUCCAAUGGGCCCACCAGGUUUGAAAGGCAUCAAAGGAUCUCCAGGUAUUGAUGGACCAGUGGGCGAACGAGGUGAAGUUGGUCUCCCAGGCCCGUUCGGUUCACCUGGACCUAAAGGACCACUUGGAAUGCCAGGUGCUCAAGGCCCAGUUGGUCAAAUGGGUACACAAGGACCAGAUGGAUUUCCUGGAUUGAUGGGUCCAGUAGGCUCACAAGGAUCACCAGGACCUGCUGGAAUGAUUGGACCCGUUGGUUUAAAAGGUGAUGAAGGACUUCAAGGUCCACCAGGCUCUCCUGGUGACCCUGGUGAUCCUGGUUUAGAUGGAAGUCCUGGAGCUGAUGGAGAACCAGGACCUAUGGGGCCAGUGGGUAAAGAUGGACCACCAGGUUUAAAAGGCGAGAGAGGAAUUCCAGGCCCCAUGGGACCUCAGGGCGCUGCCGGCCCACGGGGAUUAUCAGGAGGGCCAGGGACUCCAGGAUCGCCUGGAGAAAAAGGAUCUCAAGGAGUUCCAGGACCACAAGGACCAACCGGUCCAGCUGGACCGAUGGGAUCUCCUGGAGAUGCUGGUGAUCGAGGGCCAUAUGGACCUAUGGGUGAUAUUGGUAAACCUGGUCCACGAGGUCCACCAGGUGAGACUGGACCGAAAGGAGACACUGGUAUGAUUGGUGCUCAGGGGAUGCCUGGAAACCCUGGAUUAGAUGGAAUACCUGGGAAACCUGGAGAAGCUGGAAGUGACGGAGAAAUGGGUAGACAAGGUAUGCCUGGUCCGCCAGGUAUACCUGGGCCUUCUGGACGAGAUGGAGAACCUGGUCCUAGAGGUUUCCCAGGCUCGAAAGGUCAGGAUGGUUCACAAGGUCUACGCGGUGCAGUUGGGCCAAGAGGCCCACCAGGAAAAGAUGGAGAUGAUGGUGAAAUGGGCGCAGCUGGUCCUCCAGGACCUGCAGGCCCACCUGGCCCCUCUGGACCACCGGGUGUUCGUGGUGGACGAGGUCCGUCUGGUGAAGCAGGAGAUACAGGACCCCCAGGUCCACAAGGUAGUCGUGGUCCAACUGGAGCUCGCGGGCGUCGUGGGAAAGCUGGAGUAGCUGGUGGUCCUGGGAGUAUCGGAGCGCCAGGUGAAAGAGGUCCAUCUGGACCUAUCGGACCAUCAGGUCAGCCAGGACCUAUUGGACAGCCUGGUCAACCAGGAGGCAAAGGUCCUACUGGAAGAGAUGGGAAACAGGGUACUGAUGGGAGACCAGGAACACAAGGACAAGUUGGCCUGCCAGGUCCUAUUGGAGAGCGUGGACCUGCUGGUGAAGAUGGCGAACAAGGCUACCCUGGUUUACAAGGUCCUAAAGGGGAAGUUGGUUCACAAGGUAUCCCUGGACGCAUUGGGCCAGCCGGUCCACCAGGUGUCCGAGGGGGUUCCGGUCAGAUGGGCCUAAGAGGAACUAAGGGACCACGUGGUACUCCUGGAGAAGAUGGACCACCAGGAAAAGAUGGAGCACCUGGUGAAUCAGGACCUCCAGGUGAACCUGGUCCUCGAGGUCCUCUUCAAGUUCAGGGUUAUGAUAAUGGUAAAAUUGUUGGUCCACAAGGAGCUAAAGGUCUACCAGGAUAUCCUGGACCACGUGGAAGACCAGGAAUACCAGGUGCACCUGGAGAUCCGGGUCCAAUUGGAGAGGCUGGUGCGCCAGGUGAAGAUGGUCCACCUGGGCCUGAAGGUCCGCGUGGCAGAGAUGGUGUUGAUGGUGCACCUGGAAGGCCAGGGAAAUCAGGUAAACCUGGUCAGUCUGGAGCUGUUGGAGCACAAGGACCACCAGGGAAACCCGGAGAUGCUGGAUAUGCUGGCCCUCCUGGGCCAUCUGGAAUUCCCGGCCCAUCAGGGGAACCUGGCUUACCUGGAGUGGAUGGUGUUAAUGGAACUGCUGGUCCACAGGGGCCUCCUGGGAAUACAGGUGCACCAGGAGCUCGCGGUGCCGCUGGCCCUCCAGGAAUUGAUGGUGCUAAAGGUCCACCCGGAGAUGAAGGACCUGCUGGGCCUAGAGGGCAAGCUGGACCAAGAGGAACUCAGGGCAAAGAUGGACUUCCUGGACUUCAGGGAAAAAUGGGUGCUCCUGGCAGACCAGGUGCAAGAGGAUCAGCUGGAGUUAUGGGUGUGCCGGGACCUCAAGGAAAGAUAGGACCAACAGGUAAGGAAGGCCCGCAAGGACCAUCUGGUCCUGUUGGACCGCCUGGGCCACCAGGAACGGACGGAGAGGUUGGUGGUGCUGGACCAGUUGGAGAAGUUGGAUCUCCUGGACCACAAGGUCUUCCAGGUGAACGAGGGCUCCAGGGUCCACCAGGUCCCUUAGGAGAACCAGGCCCACCAGGACCCAGUGGGCCUCCGGGAAUACCGGGACCAGAUGGACCAAGCGGACCGAGGGGUGAGCCAGGUGAUGCUGGUACAGACGGUGUGCCGGGAGGAAAAGGUGAAGAUGGACCACCAGGACUUCCUGGACGACCCGGAAAAGAUGGAUCGCCAGGUAGACAAGGAAAAUCUGGACCGCAGGGACACAAAGGAUGGACUGGUCCUCCCGGUGAUCCCGGCCUUCCUGGGAUAGCUGGACAGCCAGGACAACCAGGUCUUCGCGGAUAUCGUGGACUUUCUGGUUUGCCAGGAGAAGUUGGGUCUCCUGGUGCUCCAGGACCACAAGGGGAGGCUGGAUUUAUUGGUGAACCUGGUCCUCCAGGUGGCCCUGGUCCUGUGGGAAAAGAUGGACCACGGGGACCCCCUGGUCACAUGGGUAAUGAAGGGCCGCCUGGGCCUCCUGGGCCCCCAGCUAUGAGUUACAGUAAAAUGUAUGGAGACCAAAAGGGUAUUACUCUAGAAAUGCCCAAUGGAACACGCAGUUUCCCAGCUAGAUCCUGCAAUUAUUUGUCCCGUACACAUCCUCAACUUCCAGAUGGUGAAUACUGGAUUGAUCCAAAUGGUGGUUCAAAUAAAGAUGCAGUUAAGGUAUUCUGUCGCCUACGUUCAGGUGAAACAUGUUUUUCACCACUGACUACUUCUUAUCAGAACAAAGAUAUGAAUAAAACUAUUGGUAAAGAUAUUUGGUUCAGUCAGCUUUAUGAAGAGAAACAGUUUACUUAUGAAAUGUCAAUGAAUCAGAUUAAUUUCCUACAGUUGUUGUCCUCGAAAGCUAAUCAACAGUUAACAAUAAUAUGUAAUGAAAUUAAUUUCACUGGGAAACGAACACCACGUCUGUUUACAAAUAAUGAUAAGGAAUUAACUGAAAAUGGCUCAUUUCUGAGUUACAAAUUAGUCGAAAACAGCUGUCAGUCUGCAUCAUCGAAAUUUGGUAAAAUGACAAUUGAAGUGGAUACAAAAUCACAACGUCUUCCAUUACGUGAUAUAAUCUUACCACAAAUUGAUCAUUCACAACAAAUUCUUGGCUUAGAAUUAGGCAGAGUAUGCUUUCAUUAAAUGAAAAAGAAAACUAUUAGAAGAAGAAGAAAAAACCAUUUUGUUUUUGUUUCCUUCUUGACAAUUAAAACAAAACAGAAAAAAACUGUGAAAAUAAGAUAAUGAGUAAUUUACAAAAGUAUUGACAGAACAAAAACCUAAUCGAUAUGGUCUCUUUUUACACACAAUUGAUCUUUUUUUCUCAUGUGCCUAUAUACGCAUACACACUUCUAAGUUGAAUUAGAAUAUUUACACCUUUCUGUGUGCCUGCCUCCUUGUAUGUGCCUGUGUAUGAAUGGGUGUACGUGUGGAGCUUCUCUCUGUAACACGAAAUAUGCAACUCUUGUUAUUCGCUGACAUCCUGUGAAUGAUCUCAUAACCCUGAUACUUUAUGAAAUAGUAAAAUAAAAAGAAGAAUAAAACAAAUAUAAAUAUUUAUGAAGAAAAGUUUUUUCAUUGCUUUUAUUCUUCACCAUUUAUCAAUUUGAAUGCAU